UCUCUCUCUCUCCCGUCAUUACCUCCCAGCACGUUUCCUCCUCCUUCCUCCGCAACAAGGGAGAAACAACGCCGGCGACCACAGGCAGCCAUACAAGAUUGAUUCGCACGCGCGCCGUGAGGAGCAGGAGCGGCCGAUGAUGAACGACGGCCGCGUCCACCCGGCGGCCACCAGCUCCGACUUCUCCGGCGAGUACGCAUACUCCUCCUCCGACCCCUCCUCCAGCCCGCUCUACAGCUUCCACUUCGAGAAGCCCAUCCCGCCGCCGCCGCCCCAAAAGCCGCCGCCGCCGCAGCCCGGCACGUACGUGGUGCAGGUGCCCAAGGACAAGGUCUUCCGCGUGCCGCCGCCGGAGAACGCGCGCCUCUUCCAGCACUACACCCGCCGCGCCAAGCGCCGCGCCGGCUGCUCCUGCCUCCGCGCGUGCCUCUACCUCGCCGUCGCACUCCUCUCCCUCGCCGUCCUCCUCGCCGCCGCCGUCGGGGCCGUGUACCUCGCGUUCAAGCCCAGGCAGCCGGCGUACUCGGUCGUGUCCCUCGCCGUGUCGGGCCUCGCCGGCGUCGGCAACGCCUCGGCCCCCGGCGCGAUCUCGCCGGGGUUCGCCGCGACCGUCCGCGCCGACAACAGCGCCAACGGCAAGGUCGGCGUGCACUACGAGAGCGCCGGGAGCCGCGUCGCCGUGUCGUACGAGGGCGUGAGCCUGGCGGACGGCGCGUGGCCGGCCUUCUACCAGGCGCCCGGGAACGUGACGGUGUUCGUGGCGAGGGCCAAGGGCGCCGGGAUACGGUUCUCGGAGCGCGAGCGCGGGCAGAUGGCCGCGGCGGAGCGGCUCAAGUCGGUGCCGUUCGACGUGGACAUCACCGUGCCCGUGCGGCUGCAGCUCGGCGGCGUGAGGACGUGGGCCCUGCCGGUGACGGUGCGGUGCGCCAUGGCGGUGGACAGGCUCGCCGCCAGCGCCAAGGUGGUGUCCAGGUCGUGCGACGUGAAGGUGCCCUUCCUGUUCUGGAGGAACUGACGCCGAAGCAAGAAAAAAAUGGUUACUGGCCGAUUAGGAGAGCAGUUCUUGCGGGUAGCAGCAAAGGAUUCGUGCUGCUUCCGUGAUGUUUUUAACUCCUCUUCAAUUUGUAAUGUUGGUUUGAUCGAGCAAUGUUAAUUCUUUUGUCCGUCGA